GUCGAAUUUCCGAGUGCUUCACAAGAUCAAGCCCUCACCCACGCCGGAAGUGAGAACUUAUAAGUAUCUCGACAUCAUCCUCAUCGACAAACAUCACGCCAUCAUAGCAAUUCAUUUUGCCAGGCCCGUACUCUUCUCCAUUAACACCGGCUUAUGACCUGGAGCUUGAAGCCCUCAUACAAGAACUUUCUCACCUGCAUGCCGAAUUGCCGAUCGAAACGUAUAAGACGUCACGAUGCUCUACGACCUUAACAUAGCCUGGUCACCAGGCACCUCAACCGCUGAGCUCGAGCGCACCCUCAAGUUUGCCAAAUAUCUAGGCUACGACGUCGUAGCCCUCAAUCACAUCAUUUCGGCUCCAAUCCCAACUCAACCAACACCCAUCACAAACCCAAUCCCCCAACUCACACCUCCACACCCCUCCUACCCAGGCGGCGCCUGCAGAACCACGACCACCACCAGAACAACAUCAUCAUCAACAACAACAACAACAAACCUCUCCACGACCGCGCCCUCCGCCCUUCCGCCAACCAGCAAAGGAGCAGGAUCAUCAUUAUCAUCCUCCUCCACCUCCUCCUCCUUGCUCCCCACCACCCUCCGGCGGGCAACGCUCGUCAUCACCGACCCGUCUACAAUCAACUACCGCCUCUCCGACUACGCACGCGCGUACGACCUGCUCGCGCUCCGGCCCACGUCCGACAAGUCCUUCUCCUGGGCAUGCCUCUCCACAAGCGAGGCCCCCGCGCUGGUGUCGCUGGACCUGGCUUCCCACCUGGGCUGGCACGUCCACCACCGCACGGCCAUGGCGGCCGUGCAGCGGGGCGUGCGGUUCGAGAUCUGCUACGCGCAGGCGCUCGGUGGCGGUGGUGGUAAUGGGAAUGGCAGUGCUGGGGGUCCCGAGGCGGCGAGGCGGCGGGCUAAUUUCAUUGGGAACGUGCAAGCGCUUCUUCGGGCGACUAAAGGGAGGGGGAUCGUGCUCAGCAGCGAGGCGCGCGGGGCGCUGGGGCUGAGGGGGCCCGCGGAUGUGGUGAACUUGUUGGCUGUGUGGGGGCUGGGGCCGGAGAAGGGCUUUGCGGCGCUUGGGGAAGGGGCGAGGGCUGUGGUGGUCAAUGAGGGGAUUAGGAGGCGGGGGUUUAGGGGGGUUGUGGAUAUCGUGAAGACUGCCGAGGGCGGGGACGUUGGUGGCCGCGGGGAUGGCGAGGAGGAAGGGGAUGGAGAAGGGGUGAAGGCAACGAAGAAAAAUAAUAAGCAGCAGCAACAACAGCAGCAGCAGCAAGGACAAAAGCGGAAGAAUGGCGACGGUGGACAGCAGGGAGGUUUGAGCAAGAAGCAAGCGAAGAAAAUGAGGAAGGAGGCUGCGCAGGCGAACGCCUAA